AUUAUUGUAUUUAUGUUACAAUAUCAUUUAUUGUUUAUUAUAUACAACUAAUAUUAUUCCAAAAAAAUAUGUUUUAAAAAUCUGGGAACUAUUUACUUAUUAGAUUGUCAAUUGUUUUUUUUUUUUAAAUAAACGUUAUAUUAAUGAAAUAAAGUUUUAUUUUUUAUAUAAAAUGAUGCAGUAUUAUAUAGAUAUCAAUCUAUUUUUUAAAUAAAACGAUUUAAAUUAAAAAAAUUGAUUUCGUCCAUUUAUCUUUAAAGGCCACAUCUAUUCCAUGGUGUUCAAUUUACAAAUUGAAAAUGUAUGUUAUUACCUUUAAAUAAGAGUUUUAUCAUUGUUUAAUUCGAAUUACAAAGAUUAAAUAAUUUAAAAAGAAUAAAUUCAAAUCUGGUAUACGUUGUCAGCCCUGCUAUACCUACUUUUUGACACGCUUCUGAAAUGCGCUAAAAUGGUGAUUAUGAGUCAUGCGCUUUCGCGCAAGGUUGCAUUGAACACGAGGACCAAAACGGUAAAUAACAACGUCAAUAAAAAAAUAGGUAUUACGUUUUUUCUUUUUUAUUGCGAGCUGAAUCAUUGAGACGAUCAACAGUCGAUCGAAUGGUAUUGUUUAAAAACGUUACGCGCAGCACCAGAUAUUCUAGCUUAAAAUGUGCGAUGAAGAACAAAGUGUCUCUGAAGUUGAAACCGAUCAAACGGACUCCCAGUUAUCAUUAUUGGAUCUUCCAGUUGAGAUAUUCUUCCAUAUCUGUUCUUUCUUAGAUGCCUCUACACUAGUACAUGGCUUGAGUUUAGUGUGUAAACAGUUUCAUGAAAUUUUAAAUGAUAACUCACUAUGGAAAGUGAGGAUAAAUCAAAUUUGGCCAAAUACUAAUUAUCCAGUUUUGCCUCCUGCUGAAGAUGAUGAAUUGUUCUGGAAACUAUCAUGUGUGGCAUUGGAAAAGCAAGCCUCAUUAUGGAGGAAAGAAAAUUCCAUGGAGAAAUUAUCACUUACAAUGGUACAAUACAGUACCAUAGAUGGCCUGUUAUUAAUGCAAGAUGGAAGUAUUUGUAUAUCGGGAGCAAGAGAUCGAUCUUUAGCGUGUUGGAAACUUCCUACAAAGGAAGAAUGGGAAAUUACUACUUGUAUAGAAUCUGCUCAUGACGGAUGGAUUUGGGACCUAACAUCGAUAGACAAGAUGGUUUACAGUUGCAGCUGGGAUAAAACUGUGAAAGCAUGGACGCUUACCAACACCGGUCUUGUCCACUUCAAAACUUAUGAGAUGAUCGUCACAGGUGCUCUGUUGUGCGUCGCAUCAUGUCCAGACCUGACUCUUUUUGCUACUGGAUCAUUUUGUAAAAGCGUUCUAGUAUUUGAUCCAAGAUUAGCUUAUAACCCUGUCGUAAAGUACCGACCACAUAAAAGAGCCGUUAUUAGACUGGCUAUGAAUUCUAACUUUAUUUUGUCCGCCAGUGAAGACGGAACAGUGGCAAUAUGGGAUCAAAGAGCAGGAAGAAUGAUGAAAAACGUUACUAUUUCACAAGAAUCAUUCCCUAUGAGUAUGUGUAUGCAACGAGACAUGGUUUACAUAGGAGAUGGCAACGCGAAAUUACAUGUACUAGAUCCAAAAAAAGAUUUUCAACCAGUUAAAUGUUAUACCACUGAACACAAGAAAGGUAUUAAUGGUGUUCAUUUGACACGAGGGUGUUUGAUCACUAGUUCAAUGGACAAGACAGUCAGAAUUAACAGUCCAACUGAUCCUCCACAACAUAUCACCACUUUGGAAUCUAGUUAUGGCGAAAUAGCGAGUACUGAUUAUUUGAAUGAUGUUCUUGCUAUCUCUGGUGCAGACGGAAUAGAAAUCUGGAGACCAAAAGCAAGAAUCCAAUGUGCAUGAAAGUGUCGAUAAAUAAAUGAUUUCUACAAGCAUUUUGCUUUGAUAUGCUGUUCAUCUUCUCAUUUGUACCUAAUUAAAAGUAAAUGACGGAUUAAAAUAUAUUGUGGAUGAUUACACUCGAUUGAGUAAACAUGAAAAAUAAUCUAUUUUAUUGCAUUCAAAUUGUAACCGCUCAACAGGAGUGUAACUGCUGAUUCAAAAACCCUGAAUGAAACUAUGCUGGUUGAUUAAAACAAAUCUUAAAUAUAAAUGUUAUACGAUUUUAAGCACUUCCAUUUUGGAAGAAAAUAACAUCGAAUAUUGUAUUUUGAACAAAGUAACGUUAAAUUUGAAAGAAGAUAGGUGAAAUGUAAAUCUAAGCAUUAAACUGAUCGAUGUCGCUAGCGUCGCCGGAAGUGUUCGUCUGCUACGCUCUGAAAACGUUCAAUUGUCUAUCUGUAUGAAUUGCACAUAAAUAGAAUAACGUUAUGGAACGA